AUGUCACAAUCAAAAUAAGAGAUCCAAGCCAAAAGAAGGAAGUCUCAGGGAAUUAUGCCAAAAGUAGCUAGUGCCCAAAAAACCAUGAAAAACUAAUUUAUGAAGAAUUUCACAUCUAGGGCUUAUAAAAACAACGAUUAAGAGUCCUCAUCUCCAAGAAAAAAAACAGUAUCUGAUAACGUUCUGCCUAUAGAGGAUCCCAAUAAAUAAACUGUAAGUUUUUAUUUACCAUUUGUUGACACUUAAAUAGCUGAGCUCAAGUAUGCUAACAUAGUUAAGGCCAUAAACAACUUCAAAUGUAAACUAAAUAAUUACGGAAAAGGAACUCAUCUAAGAAGCUAGAGAAAAGAAGAAAAAGUAACAGAAUAUCACUUUGAAUUUAUAACUGGUUAUAGAAUUAUUGAGUUAAUUAGUCUUGACUUCGAGGACAUCAGAAUUUCAAAUGAGGCAUUCAUCAAACUUAAAUUGGCAGAGUAUGCUGUCACAUUUGUGGCUGCGAUUCAAAUAGGUGCGAGUGUCGUUUAUAAUGAAUUGUAAUAAUUUGAGAAAAAGAUGUAUGAAUUCGAAUACUUGCUAUUAUUGAGAUUAAACUACAUAACAACUGCUAUAAACUACUCAUCUAUGACACAUUCUGGUGUCGUUAACUCUACAAAUGAAAUCAUGACAGUCUUAAGUAUGUUAAAGAGCUAUUUCUUUUUAAGAACUUUUAUGUACUUUUCAAGAUUCAACGAUCCAAGAGCUUAAAGAGUCUGUUAAAUGAAUGGCUGCAAAGCAACUUCUCUCUUCGCAAUAAAAAGUAUCAUUUAGGAGAGCCCUUACAAACUAACCUCUGUUAUUUUUAUCUCCUCUGCAGUAGUUAGUGCUUAUGCUAUGUAGGUAUUUGAAAGACAUUACUCAAGCGUUUCAGGAUAAGAUUUCGAUUCAUUUUGGAACUCUUUAUGGCUAAUUAUUGUCACUAUGACAACAGUCGGUUAUGGUGAUCUAUAUCCUAAAUCAUAUGGUGGUAGAGUAGUUGGUAUAAUAACUUGUAUUUGGGGCAUCUUUUUGGCAUCAUUCUUUACUGUUACUCUAACAAACUUUCUCAGUUUUACCCCAUCUUAAAAUAAAGCAUAUCUUUUACUAUAAAGACUAUAUUGGAAGGAAAUGAUUUAGAGAGAAUCUGUAAAAGCUGUUGCAACCUUAUAUAAGCAUAAAUUAUUAGCUAGAAAACAGGAUAUUUUCGAUUUAAAUACUAAAAUUGAUCCAAAGUUACUUUCAUCAGCUAGGAAAUUUAGAAAGCAUAUGGUUAAGUUCAAGGAAACAACUAGAAAAAUGUUUAAUUAUAAUGAAGGAAACACAGAAACUUAAUAUUUGACAAAGGAGGUUGAAAGAUUGAGUUGCAGAGUCGAUGAAAUGGCUGAUGAUAUGGAGAAAUCAAGAAAAGAUCAGACGAUAAUGAAUGGCAAGUUAGAUCUAAUCCUAAAAGCUCUAAAUCAACCGAUUCCCUCAACUAAUGCUCCGAAUUCCAAUAAUUUGUUAACUCCUAAAUAAGAUGCUAAAAAUGCAAGACUUUGA